AUGAGCCUCCACGACCCCAACACAGGCUGGAUGUUCCACAAUGGUCCUGGCAAAUCCAAGGAAGAGAUUGCGCAAAACAAUUUCACAAGAAAAUCAUACACAAGAUUUAUGAGGGGUUAUUGUUUUGUCGUUGUAGGUUUGGGAGUUACUAUGGCUACACACACAGCCAUUACCAGCUAUCUGGCCCAACCUCAAGAUGCCAGUAAGUUUUCCCUUAGGAUAAGUCCUGAUAAAUUCAUAGUAAGCUGACUCCUGUUUCCUCGUAUACAGAAAGAAAUAAGGAAUGA